AUGUCUACUGAGAUGAAUGCCUUAUGGAAACGCUUUCGAUCAUUUGAUGUUAUUGGGAAACGAGUGUUGAAGAGUAAAGUGCGUGAACUUGCUUUUCCAAGUACAAGUUCAAUGUGUCCACCAUCUGAAAAAGUCAAAACCAAAGGAAGAGUGAAGAAGAGUAAGGGUAUGAAGCCAGAUGGAUAUGAUUCAAAGAAGAGACAAGCCUCUCAAUCAAAGAAACACCCCUCUCAGUCAUCUCAUUCUUCAAAAAAUUUGUUAUUGAGACAAUUUCCUGAUAUUAUUCAGCCAUACAUUGAUGACAUAUUUGACGUGGCAGCGGAUGGAAAUUGUGGUUUUCGCGCUAUUGCAUUAUUGCUUGGUUUCGGUGAAGAGUGUUGGUCUUUGGUCCGCAAGAGAUUGGAUCAAGAGAUUGUUUCUCAUGUAACUCCAUAUGAUAGAUUGUUCACAGGACGCAUUAAAGAAGUAAGAGAUUCGUUGAUGAUAUCCGGCUUAGGUGUUCAACCCAUGGAUAAAUGGUUGUCCAUACUUGAUAUGGGUUACGUGAUAGCGACAACAUAUAAUAUUAUUCUUGUCACUUUCGGUCUGACAUUUUCAAUGACUUUCUUUCCUAUGAGGGGUUCACAUUCCGGAUCGACAAAAAAUGGUCGCAUUUGUUGUAUUGGUUUUGUUAAUGAAAAUCACUGGGUUCCGUUAAAGAUGAAAGAUGGAUUUCCAAUGCCAGACAUUGCACCAGGUUGGAAGCAAUAUCGCACCAAUGAAGCAACUUCUUGGGCAAUAGCAUACACAGACCGUCUACAACACUGGGUGUAUUUAUUAGGCCGGUUGUCACGUGUUACCCAAAAUCCACCUACAGAACCCGUAAAUGCAAUGUCUUUAGAUGAACCUUAA